AUUGUUAUUGGGUAUCCUAUAAAUAAAGAGUCUGAAAAAUAUAACCCAUACGAAAAAUAAAUCAGUAAAUAUGGCUCAAAAAAGUACUGUAAUAUACUCGUAUUUAGCUUUGGCGGCUUUGUUAUUGGUAAUCAACGGUACUGAAACUGCACCUCAAGCACCCAAUAUGCCAUCGAUGCCGAACAUGCCUGGAGGUUUUGGAGGAAUAGGUGGAGAUGCAGGAUUUGGAUUUGGGUUUAAUGCUGGUGCAAAAGCCGGUGCCGGAGCUGGUGGUGGGGCUGGAGCAGGUUCUGGGGCCAGCAGUGGUACCAAAUAACCUUGUACGACGAUACCCAUGUUUGUGUAUCCAUCAAUAUUAAAGUCAUUAAAAGUGUUUGUUUAUUAAA